UGCAAAUAAACCAAUUCUUUAAAAAAUUCAAUUAAUUUUUGAGCCCCUAAAUCAAACCGACCUAGAACACAGGAUAAAAAAUAUCGAGGUCAACUGCCCGACGAAACCUUUGCGGCGGAGAAACCAAAGACACAGAAUUAGGCGAUGAACGCAAAUACGCCGCCGGAAGCAGCUGCGGUGCACCCGGCAAUAGCACCGCUGUCAUACCUGCUGGGGACAUGGAGGGGCCAAGGCGAAGGUGGCUAUCCAACCAUCGCUUCUUUCUCUUAUGGCGAAGAGCUCCAUUUCUCUGCCAUUUCUGGCAAGCCUGUGAUAUCUUAUACUCAAAAGACAUGGAAGCUCAGCUCUGGAGAGCCUAUGCAUGCAGAAAGCGGCUACUGGCGGCCCAAGCUUGAUGGCUCUAUCGAACUUGUGAUAUCUCAGAGCACUGGUCUUGUUGAAGUUCAGAAAGGAAGCUAUAAUGCGCAAGAGAAAACUGUCAAGCUUCACAGUCAACUGGUGGGCAAUGCUUCUAAGGUAAAAGAGAUAAGUCGUGUGUUUGAAUUUGCCAAUGGAGAAUUGUCUUAUGUGGUUCAAAUGGCUACCCAUCUUAAUAAUCUUACACCACAUUUGAAAGCUGUGCUCAAGAAGCUCUAAUAGUGUUAUGCCUAUUUAAAUUUGGCAAACAUGUAAUCAGGCGUUCUUGAUUGGCUCAUUGAUAUUUGUUGCUGCUAAGUCCUUCACAAGUUGCUAGUAUUUUUUUUUCCCCCAGAUGCUGUAAAUAAGGCCGUUGGUCGAGUGAUGACAUCUCCAAUUUAAGCUAUCGUCACCGGGCACGUUCUCAGUAAAGUUUGAAUACAUAUUGAUAAAAAAUUUCAGGUUCACAUUAUCUUUUCAUCACUGAUGCAUAAGGAAACUCUUAAAACUUUCAUUGCUUAUUUAAUUGAGUUGAAUUCCAUCAA